UUUUAUGAAAACUUUUCCGAGCGUGAACCAUCUAAAAUAUACUUUGAAGUGUUUACAGCAGCAGCAUCAAUGACAGCAGAGUGUCGCUUCAUUGCGGUUGUCAUUUAGUUACUCCCAACGGUUUAGACGGGAUCAUCUGCUUCGUUUGUUUACAUGGGGUGGGUAGGGAACAACUGAUUAGCUAACGUUAGCAGCCUAGCUCAGUAACAUCGAGUCACAUGAGCUGGUGAUUUUACAGCAACUUUGUCCUCCGGAAUGCGACUUCAAGUUCGUGAAGGAGCGACGGUGGCUGUGCACUAGAGGGGGGUUGCAUUUGGGUCUCGGCGCGGCGUUGAAAGCGUCACAAUGCUUAGCUGACGGUCAAAGGGUCUCGAGCGUUAACUAGUUCGUUUGUUUGGUCACGAGCCCGGCGGCCACUUCUCAAGGCGUUCCCCGGCGCCUUCAUGUCAACAUGCCUUGCUCCUGCGGCAACUGGAAGAGAUGGAUCCGGCCGCUGGUCGUCGUGCUGUAUGUUUCGUUGCUGUUAGUCGUCUUGCCCCUGUGCAUCUGGGAACUGCAGAAGACCGGGGUCGGCAUUCAUAACAAAGCAUGGUUCAUCGCUGGGAUAUUUGUCUUCAUGACUGUGCCCAUAUCAUUAUGGGGCAUCCUGCAGCAUCUGGUUCACUACACUCAGCCAGAGCUUCAGAAACCCAUCAUCAGGAUCUUAUGGAUGGUUCCAAUCUACAGCUUGGACAGUUGGCUUGCACUAAAAUACCCGUCGAUAGCGAUUUAUGUGGACACGUGCAGAGAGUGCUACGAGGCCUAUGUCAUCUACAACUUCAUGACCUUCUUGCUCAACUACCUGGAAAACCAGUACCCCAGCCUGGUGUCGAUGCUGGAGUCCCAGGAGCAGCAGAGACACCUGCCCCCCCUUUGCUGCUGCCCGCCCUGGCCAAUGGGAGAGGUUUUGCUGCUGCGAUGCAAACUGGGAGUGUUGCAGUACACCGUCGUCAGACCCGUGACCACGGUGAUCGCUUUGAUCUGUCAGCUGUGUGGCGUGUACGAUGAAGGCAAUUUCAGUUCGACAAACGCAUGGACGUACCUGGUCAUCUUCAACAACAUGUCACAACUGUUUGCCAUGUACUGCCUGGUGCUGUUCUACAGAGCUCUGAGAGAAGAACUGGGUCCAAUCAAGCCGGUGGGCAAAUUCCUGUGUGUCAAAAUGGUGGUGUUCGUCUCCUUCUGGCAAGCUGUGUUCAUUGCUCUGCUGGUGAAGGUGGGCGUCAUCUCAGAGAGGCGCACAUGGGACUGGAACAGUGUGGAGGCCGUGGCCACCGGCUUACAGGAUUUCAUCAUCUGCGUGGAGAUGUUCCUGGCGGCCAUCGCCCAUCACUUCAGCUUCACCUACAAGCCUUACAUCCAGGAGGCGGAGGAGGGUUCCUGCUUCGACUCUUUCAUGGCCAUGUGGGACGUCUCUGACGUCCGAGCCGACAUCUCCGAACAAGUCCGCAAUGUCGGGAGAACAGUUAUGGGUCGGCCGAGGAAGUCGUACUUCGGCGAGGCUCAGGACGACGGUGAGCGAUCCGGCCUCCUCUCCCAAGAUGUCAUCACAGAGGCGGCGUCCAACCCCGUGUCACCCAACGGUCAAUACCAGGGCCUGGGCAGAACCUCCACGCCGCACUCCGUGUCGGCGCCGGCCGGACUCAGCUCGGCGCCGUGGGACGAAGGACACGAGGGCGGACCUGAAGAACCCCUGGAAGAGGAACGGAGCAACCAAACCAAAGAGCCAGCAGAAGCGGAUCUCGUCGUGGUAACCUAGCAACGCUGCGGUCGACACCACCGACGGACUCUGCCCGUUCUGGUUGGGCGGGACCCAGUUUCAGUCUUGCCAUUUUCCUUCAGACGUUACGAUGUUGUUACAAGAUGAAAUGAACCAGGUGGACCUGCCAGGGACGGCUCCAGGAAUGUUCCGUGACGUUCUGGCCCUAAACGACUCGUAAUGGGCAUUAGAUGCCGUGUCUUCGUUGCACGAGGGAGCUGUUUGGCUCAGUGGGAUUAUGAAGAAUGGUUUUUAAUUCAUUGUAGUUGGGAAAGACGUCCCAGCAAUUGUAACGCGCGUCCCAAACGGCACACUAAUUGUGUUUCUUGAGACGGGACCGCCUCCCGACGUGUGUAUCUUCUCCAAAUGGGAAAUUAUGACACUUUUUUCCCUCUGUCGUAUCUGUCAUAUCGUGAUUUCCGAUGUGACAGUUAGAUGAAAAAGAGAAAUAUGCAACUUUUCAAAUGGAAACGUCUCCUUCGGUACAUCUUAGUUUAAAGUGAUUAUAGAAGACAUCGAUUGAAAUGAGUCGUCGUAAAUGGAAACCUGCGAUAUCGAAGCACAUUAAAUGUCCUGAAUCAUCGAUUUUUGUGUGUGUCUUAGGCGGAGGGGCGGGAUCCCAAGUGGAGAUUAAACCUUUUCAGUUGUAUGUUCGAGCUAUGCCUGCUGAACAAUGUGAUAUCACUACAGAAUCAAUAUUAAUACGAUGUAUUUACUGUAAGUGCAUUCUAAGUAUUAAAACAACGUACACUACUCAGUC